CACUAAAUGACGGCAGGUGGUACAAAACCUCGAUCUGUCUAAGAUGGCCGCUCACUAUCCAGCAUAUGGCAGCAUUUCAAGCCCCUCCGGCCGCGGCAACUUACAGGGCAAUGAUGAUUUGCCCUUCUUCAUUGUGGGUGUAACACCUCUUAUUAGCAAGGCUUCUUUAAACUCGCUCCGAUCGGCCGAUUUGGCUGAAUGACGAUCUCGACGGGAUUCCUUCGGUUAUAGAAAGCUGUCGGUAUCAAUUAUGGCAUCUGCUGUCACCGAGAGCUAUCUGAACGAAAACAUCUCCGGUCGACUCACGGCCGCGACGACGGUCAUUGUUGUACUCACCACAAUUCUUCUAGCUCUACGCCUAUAUGCGCGUAGCCUUGCUCAUGUCGCUAGCGGUUGGGACGACAUCCUUCUGGCGCCUGCUUGGCUUCUUUGCCUGGGAACAUGUAUAACCGGCUAUCUGGCUAUCGCGCAUGGAGGUUCCGGUCGUCACGUAGAAGCCGUGGUGAUGGAAGACCCCGAUAAAAUCGUCGUCCGUGGAAAGUUGCUGUAUGCUCUCAGCUGGCUGUCCGCUUUCUCCAAUACCUUCUCGCGAACAUCGAUCCUGGUCUUGUUUCGACGCAUAUUCCCACCCGGUAUAACUCGUACCGUGACGGAUCUUACCAUUGUUUACUUGGUCCUCUUUACUCUCGCCCAGGCGAUUGUUGGGCUCACGGAAUGCCGUCCGUUAGCAUACUUUUGGGACCGUAGCAUUGCUGGGGGAUGGUGUCUCGAUCAAUUUCUCUUCUACAGGAUGUCAGGCAUCUUGAAUAUCUUAGGUGACGUGGUCAUCUUGAUUUUGCCUAUUCCCACUGUAUGGACUCUUCAUGCAUCCCUGGCUCGAAGAGCUGGUAUUGCCAUGGUGUUUCUAUCAGGCAGCUGCGGCCUAAUCGCCUCGUGUGUCCGAACCUCUUACUUUUUCACAGCAGCCAAAACCUCUAUGACGGAUCCGACCUGGGCGGACAUCAACUUGAUGGCCUGGACCACCGUUGAAAGUGGUCUUUAUCUCUCAGCUGCGUGUAUGAUUGGGCUACGACCCCUUCUCAACCAGAUGGCUGGCUGGGUGAUGAAAUCUCGUCUGGGGGUGUUCACCACAAGAGGCACGAAUACUCGCUCUCGGAGGAGCGAUCGAGACGAUGGAUCCCAAUUGAUCUCAAAUAUGAAACAAGACCAUAUCCGCUUGGAGACAUUCGAUCGAGAUCGAGACACGGACGAGAGGUCAGUCCAAUGGGAAGGAAGAAAACAACCGGCCGAUGUGUAGAAGGAGCUCUGGGUUAUGAAGGACGUUGAGAACGAAAACCCGAGAUUCUAUUUGAUAGUUCUAGAUAAUCUACUAGCAUAACAACGAA